UGAUAAACAGUUUUCGUUUAUCAUCAGUUUGUCGAUGGCACAGCGCGCAACUGGACGUACUCUCGCACCAGCGGCCGAGACCCCGACCUGACCAACUCGCGCUUCCCACAGCUUCAUCAGCCGUGUGGACUUCCUGUGUGUGUGACGGCGACUGUGACUGUGACUGGGCCAGUGACUGUGUGUCUGUGUGAGUGCGCGCGUGCGGGUGUGUUCGUUUUGGGCCAACUUUAAACGCUCUUAUCAGCGCGCGUGUGAAGCAUGAGCUUAGUGAAAAAAACAACAACGGCAACAGCAUGGUUUUGGCGGCUUUUCCAAUUGAUGCCAAAACCGCACUUUGACACAAAAUUGCCAAGAGCGAAAUUUAUAGCCACACACCAGAAAUUUUAAAAGGGGAAUGAAACACAAAACAGAAGAAAUGCGUCGGCGCCCCAAACGACAGCAAUCGGAUGCGAAAUCAACUCCAAGGAUAUGAAAAUAGCCAAUCAAAUGGGCCAUAAACACACGACGGCAAACGGAAGAGCUUAAGUAAACCAAAAAAAAAAAGAGUACAAAACAGCAACAACACCAAGAAACAGUAACUGAAACUGAAACAGCAGCAACAAAAGCAGUUGGCAACAAUCAACAGCACACAAAAGCAACACUGCCACAAGAAAUUCUAAAAAAAAUAAACGAAAAAAUAAUCAGCAAAAAAAUAAAGUAAAGGACUAAAACGGGAGAGAGAGCGCAGGAAGUCGGAAAGAAAGAAAAGUGAAAGCCAAAAGCCGAAAGCCGAAAUUGUAAACGCUCCAUGUAAACACUUGAAAGCUCGUUAGGAUAAUACAUCCUGCCCGGCACCGAGCACACGCCGGCACAAAAACAGAAAGGAAAGUGCGACUCGACGGGGAAGUGGCGUAUCCCUGUGUCACCAUGUGCCGCCCCGCCUGUCUGAGUGGCCAUCAUCUCCCGCACCAGCAGGAUCAGCACCACCACCUUGAGAGCCCACCCACCUACACAACAGACACACACGAGAACCACCAACACCACCUACGGCACCCCCAUCCCCUCCAACAACAACUAGAACAGCAAGAGCAAAAGCAGGCCAUUGCCAUUGCCAGUGUUAGUGCCAGUGCCAGUGCCACUGCCACCGUUGCAUAGUCGCGUUUCCGCUUCCGUCUAAUCCUCAUUUCCGCUGCGGCUGCAAUUAAGCGGAGCAAAGCACCCUCAAUAAAAAAAACAGCUGGAAAAUCCUCAAAAUGGCUCACAAGACCAGCUUUAAUGAUGCCCUGGACUAUAUCUACAUCGCGAACAGCGUUAAUGAAAGGGCCUUCCUGAUAGCCGAGCCACAUCCCGAACUGCAGAGCUCCGAUCCACAGGAGCAGGAGGCGGAGCUGGAGGAUGACCAGCUGGAGGAAGAGAUGUCCGGACAGUAUCAGUCCGGGGAGGGAGAUCGCAACAACAACAAUAGCAACAGCUACAUCAGAAAAAGCAAAAAGAAAAACUAUAGUUCUGGGAAGCGGCGUCAGAAGGUCGCCAGCUCCUUGGCUUUGAACCCUCCCACCCCGCCCACCGAUGCGAACGGUACGGCCGCCGCAGGAUCCCCUCUGGCCACCGCCGCCCUGGCCGCUGCUGCCGCAAGUGCCUCGGUGGCAGCCGCCGCCGCCAGGAUAACGGCCAAGGCAGCACACCGGGCUCUGACCACCAAGGCGGACCAGCCGGCGGCAUCGGCGGCGCCCCCAGUCCUCCAGCUCAUCGACAUGGACAAUAACUACACCAACGUGGCCGUCGGUCUGGGGGCCAUGCUGCUCAACGACACCCUGCUCCUGGAGGGCAACGACUCCAGUCUCUUCGGCGAGAUGAUGCUCAACCGGAGCGGUCCUCUGGACCUGGGCAACGGCAGUGCGGGGAUCAACGUGACCACCAGCAAAGUGGCCGAGGACGACUUCACAGAGCUCCUGCGAAUGGCCGUGACUUCGGUGCUGCUGGGACUGAUGAUACUGGUUACCAUAAUUGGCAAUGUCUUUGUCAUCGCGGCCAUUAUCCUGGAACGGAAUCUGCAAAAUGUGGCCAACUACUUGGUGGCCUCCCUGGCGGUAGCCGAUCUAUUUGUGGCCUGUUUGGUGAUGCCCCUGGGAGCCGUUUACGAGAUCAGCCAAGGUUGGAUACUUGGGCCGGAACUGUGCGAUAUUUGGACCUCCUGCGACGUCCUCUGCUGCACGGCCUCGAUUUUGCAUUUGGUGGCCAUUGCCAUGGAUCGUUACUGGGCAGUGACCAAUAUUGACUACAUCCAUUCAAGGACCAGCAAUCGUGUCUUUAUGAUGAUUUUCUGCGUUUGGACUGCGGCAGUGAUUGUAUCCUUGGCGCCACAGUUUGGCUGGAAGGAUCCUGACUAUUUACAACGAAUCGAGCAGCAGAAGUGCAUGGUCUCCCAGGAUGUCUCUUAUCAGGUGUUUGCCACUUGUUGCACUUUUUAUGUGCCACUGUUGGUCAUACUGGCGCUUUACUGGAAAAUCUACCAAACGGCCCGGAAGCGCAUCCACCGUCGUCGUCCGCGGCCCGUCGAUGGAGCGGUCAACAAUAAUCAGCCGGACGGAGGUGCGGCAACAGAUACGAAACUUAAUCGACUGCGUCUACGCCUUGGCAGAUUCUCCACGGCCAAGACCAAGGCCGGAAGCACUGGUGGAGCCGGAGCCGGUGCCGGUGCUGGAGCCGGAUCCGGGGGCAGGGCUCUGGGCCUCGUCGACGGCAACUCAACAAACACGGUCAACACCGUCGAGGACACCGAGUUCAGCAGCUCGAAUGUGGACAGCAAGAGUCGGGCCGGCAUCGAGGUGCCGAGCACUUCCGGCAGCCAGAUAGCCACUGUCUCGCACCUGGUUGCCCUGGCCAAACAGCAGGGCAAGGCCUCCGCUUCGUCGUCCUCAGGCGUCGCCGCCACUGCCACCGCCAAGUCUGCGUCCGCUGUCAAUGGAGCGGCUGGUAGUUCGGGCAAGCAGAAUGGUAAGGCGAACGAGGAACUGGACCAGGAGGGCAUGGCAGCCACAACCGCAACAUCAGCAAUGCCAACACCAAAUGACACCGAAGGCGGCGAGGAGCAUGACGACAUGGAGGUGGAGGACCAGUGCAAGACCAACGGGGUGGAGGUGUUGGAGGACCCGCAGCUGCAACAGCAGCUCGAACAAGUGCAGCAGUUGCAGAAAUCGGCCAAAGCCGGGGGUGGUGGCGGGGCCAGUACGUCGAAUGCUACCACAAUUACGUCGAUAUCGGCUCUGUCGCCGCAGACGCCCACCUCACCGCCAGUGGCUCCGAUGGCUACAGUGGUCCCCUCCGCCGGUCCGAUGACGGCUAAAACCAGCACGCUGACGAGCUGCAACCAGGCGCAUCCGCUCUGCGAAUCCACCAGUCCUGCCCCCCUAACCCCAGAGUCACGCCCUAAGCAGCUGCAGCAGCAGCAGCAACUGCCACAUCCGCAUCAGCAACAGCAGCAUCAGCUGUCCAGCAUCGCCAAUCCCAUGCAAAAGGUGAACAAGCGCAAGGAGACUCUGGAGGCGAAGCGGGAAAGAAAGGCGGCCAAGACGCUGGCCAUCAUCACAGGUGCCUUUGUGGUCUGCUGGCUUCCCUUCUUCGUUAUGGCCCUAACGAUGCCCCUCUGUGCUGCCUGUCAGAUUAGCGACAGCGUGGCGUCGCUCUUCCUCUGGUUGGGAUACUUCAACUCCACCCUCAACCCGGUCAUCUACACCAUUUUCAGCCCGGAGUUCCGGCAGGCCUUCAAGCGCAUCCUCUUCGGCGGCCACCGACCAGUCCACUACCGCAGCGGGAAACUCUAGAUAGUGCAUGCGAAGAGGCGAAGACGCUUCUGCUAAGCCAACAAGCGGAUGUUGAUCUAACCUCUUCGGCUAUACCACCAGAUUGGGAGCAGGAGGAUUAACGCAAUUGUAUACCAAAGAAGCCCAGUGAAUAAAACUCCAAGGACGUUUAAGGACAAUGAUCAUGACAAGGCGCUCUAGUCUAUAAGCCAUAGCCGAUAAGCAGUUGUAAAUAGGGGAUUGAAUUUAUGUUAACCCAAAUGCUAAUGUAUUCUACGUAUUAGUCAUAGCUAAAUUUAUAGAGCCAAGUGGAGACUGUUUUUAGAAGCAAAGUGAAGUGUUGCAUUGUGGCAAAUAGUGAGAUGUCGAUGCCACCAACAAUACAAAUACAAAAGUAUCUAAUCAAAAUAACUAGAUGUUAAGCCAGACAUAACUAGGAUAAUACGCAUAUAGAGCAAUCUACUACCAAUACUUUUAAUGUGUUUUCCAACUUGACGUGAAUUGACUUAUUAACGUAUAACUCAUAGCUAUGUACAUAUGUUAGGUGUUAGAGCUCCAUUUCUCUAUCGCUCUCUUCAGCUUCAAGAAUGGAUUCGAGUUUGGGGGGUCAAGAUUGGGCGUUUGGGAUUUGGGAUUUGGGAACCAAGACAUUGGAAUCGUUAUAACUGAAGCAAGUACUCGAUCAUCGUAUUGUAUAUUUAAUAUUUAAGCUAUCUGGCGACAUUUAAUGUGUGUGUAAGGAUUAGCUAUCGGCUAUGCAUAUUAACUAGGCUUAAGCACAUUUGUUGAGCAUCGUAUUAAGCUGUAAUAUUCAUAGAUUCAAUACUGCAUGGUAACUUAUCAGAGAGCAGAAGGAAGACGGUUUAAAUUAAAUUUAAACUUUAAUUGUUAAAGCCCCUCCCCAACUAGGUAAACAACGUAAAAAAUAAUUAUAUUAAUGAAACGCAAAUUAAUAAAACUGUUGUACUAUUAUCGGUUAUUAUGUAUCGAGGAUUUCUUUGAAUAAGCUGGCAUAUUAUAUAAAAUCUAAGCAAAAAACGUUCGCCACCAAAAUGCGGACAAAAUGUAACAUUUGAAGAGCAAACUACUUUCGGGAAAAAUGGGUAAAAAGUAAUUAGCUAAACUUAAAUGAAAAAAAUGCAAACGAUUAACGAUAAUGACAUACAUUGGUUAAGAUAAGAGGCGAAUAACUAUUGUACACAGAUAUCACAAUAUUUUACUUCCAUAAAACUAACAAUCGAACUAUUCGAAAACCAAAAUCAAAAACUCUACGAAAUCUUAAAGCCGACAUCAAUACCUAGUUACUAAGUGUUUUCAGAUGUGUCUACCAAUAAAUACCAAUAGAAUUAAAUCGACUCUGAACUAUCCCGAAUACCUCGCAAUAAUUCGAAGUAGCACACACACACACUCUAUUUAAUUGAGCAAAAUUUGCCAAGGAUAAUUACAGUUUUUGGUUCAUAGUUCGUUUAGAAAUUAUUUUCCCUUCAAACAUAUUGGCGCGCGCAUUUCAAGAAAGAAUUAUUGCCUGGUAUUUGAGGAUGGUGUGGGAGUUGGAAAAUCAAACAGCAUAAGUUAAUCUACCGAAAUUACUAUUGAAUUCAUUGGCUGCAAAUUAAAUAAAAAUUCAACUUUCAUGCAAGAGACAA